GCCCACGGGCACAGCGGCGGGGCGAGGCCGAGCCCGGAGCCGGCGACGGCGGCCCGAGGAGCGGGCGCCCGGCCGGGCGGAGCUGCCGGCGGCUGCCCCGGGCAGGGCAGCAUCUCCCGGGGCGCGGCGGCUCGCGUGAGCGGCGGCGUGCGGAGGGCGGGGGGAGGCGGCGGCUCCCGCCUCAGCCUUCCCCAGCAGAGGGUGCCUGCCGGUGGGAAGGGGGAAGCCGCGCUCUCCUGGACUUUUGUGGGAGUGGGGGUUGUGUUGUGUGUGUGGGUUUUUUUUAAGGGGGGUGGGGUGGGUUAGGAGAGAGUCUGUGGUUUCCAUGGAGAUGAAGCUGAAAGUGCAGGAAAUUUAAAGGCUUUGGGUCCUUGCAAAGCAGACAAACUGGUGCCAACGUGCGUGGCUGCUGUUGCUGCUGAGGAGGCUGCUUUGCAAACGGCGGAGAAGAGCGGGGAGGAAGAAUCGGCAGCAACUUCUUCCACACGCACGGGCGGACAACGAGGAGCGGCAGCAGCAAGCAGGAUUCGCAACAAAAAGAGGCAUCUCCCGUUCCCGGGAAGGGCGAGAAGAAGCAGCAGCAGCAGAAUUUUGGAGCGGCUCCACCAGGAGAAAUUUUAUAGAGAAGCCUGCAAGAGAGAGUGUUCGCAGGGGGCUUGUUCUCCGGGCUUAUCAGGGGGCUGUCUUUGCUGGUGGUGCGGCGAGUGGAGGUGAUCCCCCUCAAAGACGAGCUAUUUUGGAUAUCCCCGUACAAGUUUUCUGAUGUAUUUGCUUGCACCUUCUUCCCUUGCCGUUUGGUGAAUCCAGCCCCCCUCUCCCUCCCCCCCACCGGUCUCCCAAGGAUGGAUCAUUCCCACUGCCUUGUGACUAUAUACGCCUUGGUGGUUCUGCUGGGUCUCCGGCUAGAGCAGGGCGCCUGCCAGCACUAUCUGCACAUCCGACCGGCUCCCAGCGACAACCUGCCCUUGGUGGAUCUAAUCGAGCACCCGGACCCUAUCUUUGACCCCAAGGAGAAGGACCUUAACGAGACCUUGCUAAGGAACCUCAUGGGCGGACACUUCGACCCCAACUUUAUGGCUGUUUCUUUGCCCGAGGACCGGCUCGGAGUGGACGAUCUGGCUGAGCUGGACUUGCUGCUCAGGCAGAGACCCUCGGGAGCGAUGCCCAGCGAAAUCAAAGGGCUGGAGUUCUACGACGGGCUGCAGCCGGGCAAGAAGCACAGGCUGAGCAAGAAGCUGCGCAGGAAGCUGCAGAUGUGGCUUUGGUCCCAGACCUUCUGCCCGGUCCUAUACACGUGGAACGAUCUCGGCAGCCGCUUUUGGCCCCGGUAUGUCAAAGUGGGCAGCUGCUACAGUAAAAGGUCUUGUUCAGUCCCCGAAGGCAUGGUUUGCAAACCUGCCAAGUCCGUGCAUUUAACGAUCCUGAGGUGGAGGUGCCAGCGCCGGGGCGGGCAGAGAUGCACAUGGAUACCCAUCCAGUACCCCAUCAUUUCGGAGUGUAAGUGCUCCUGCUAGGGCUGGCACUUCCCUUCGCGCCCCUUCUCCAGCGGACUCACGUGGACCUUUGCUGCAACAGAAAUAAAAGACAUUUGCUUUCUGGUUAACGUUGUAAUGCACUGUAACGUGUAGGAGAAUGUAUAUUGUGUGUAUAUAUGGCACCGGUUUAAUAUACUAUUAAAAGGUCAGUAUUACACGUGAAAUAAUCAGCGUCUACUGUAUUUUCAAGACUAUUACCCUGAUCGUUGCUAAUGUAUCUUUUUUUUUUUUUUUUUUUUUUUUUUUUUUUUUUUUUUGUAUUUAUAUUCGAGAGAGAAGUUGCUUCGCUUUGGCGAAGUAGGUUUUUGUUGGUUUUUUUUUUUAAUAAAAGGAUAAAAAAUACAAACCAAGCUUUUUGAUAAGAAAACGUUUAAAGCUAUUUUCCAUUAUUCGGAAAGCGUGUUGUGAGGGGGUUUUCUUCUUUUUCCUUACGGACUUUAGAUUUAAAAUAAAAAUGAAUAAACGCCUAGAGCACAAUGUUAUUGUAAAUAGAGAGAACAGUUUGAAUGACUUAAUCCUAUGUAAAUGAAGAGUAUCUGCUAUUUAUUCUUUAUAUCCUUGUAGUAAAAGUGCAGUGCAGAAUUAAAGUCAACCACUAAAACACGA